AUGGAGAUGUUCAGAGAAGGAGGGUCCACAUCACGACCCCCAAUGCUGGAAGGUGCCAAUUACCCAUACUGGAAAACCAAAAUGCGAGCAUUCUUGAGGGCGCUGAAUGAAAGAGUUUGGAUGGCCAUAGAAGAUGGUUGGACAUGCCCAACGAUGAUGGAUAACGGUGUCACCAAACCAAAACCUAUGAGCUUGUGGACUCCAUAUGAGAUGGAGAGGGCCAAUUUUAAUUCGAAGGCCAUGCAUGCUUUGUUCAAUGCAGUGUCCACAAAUCAAUUGAAGGUCAUUGCGAACUGUGAGAUGGCCAAAGAGGCUUCCGAAAAACUACGAAUUAAAAACGAAGGAACGGAUGCAGUAAAGAAAUCUCGUCUUCGUACUUUAGCAAAAGCCUUUGAAGAUUUAUCAAUGGAGGAAGAAGAAACGGUGGCUGAGUUCCAUGCCAAAUUGUGUUACUUAUCAAAUGAGUCUUAUGCUUUGGGAAAGACUUAUUCAAAUGCAAAGUUGGUUCGUAAAGUUCUUGGAGUUUUACCUAGGAAAUUUAUGUCUAAAGUAACCUCCAUUGCAGAAAUGAGAAACGUGGAGGAACUGGAUCUUGAUAAACUGAUUGGAUCCUUGCAGAAUUAUGAAAUGUCAUUAACAAGAUGGAAGAAAGAAAAAAAUAAGAAGGAUGUGAACAAAGAAAAAGGGGACAACAACAUUGCGUUCAUUCACAAAGAAGAUAAGAAAUCUAUCCCAGAUUUGUCUGCUAGUUUCUCAGAUGAAACUGUAGAUUUGCUGACCAAGAAUUAUGAAAAAUUCUUGAAAAAGAAGUACAAGAAACUGUGUUCUGAGGGUAAGGAAAAUGCUUCCAAAAGAAAUCCUCUUGGGAAUUUCUGGCAUGGUCAGCAAUCCAGUGACAAUAAGAGCAUGGGCAUUCAGUGUAGAGAAUGUGAUGGGUUCGGACACAUUCAGGCCGAGUGUGCCAACACUCUCAAAAAGAAGAAAGCCCUUGUUGCCAACUGGAGCUAUAGUGACGAAGAAAAAGAUUCUAUUGCAAGCAAAAGUUCUGAUGAGGAUAAACAGGUAGUGGCUUUCAUGGCUCAAAGUCAUCAGUUUGUUGAAUCUGAGGAUGAUGGAGUCUCCACUGUGUCUGAAGUCGACAGUAAUGGAAGACAAAAUGCAUAUGAAGAGAUGUUUGCUCAGUGGGAAUAUAUGACCAAGCAGAUUAGUGGUCUGAAUAGUGCCAAGGAGCAGAUAGAGUCUGAAAAAGUCAAGCUGGAGGACACUGUUAAGAAUCUCAACAAACUUCUUGAUGAGAAGGACAAUGAGAUCUACAAGCUUUCAUCUGAACUCAUAAGAGCUAAAUAG